UCCAACUGGAGUUGCGCAAAAUCCCCGAUGGACUGACUUUAUUCACGAGUGAGCAAGGUGGCAUCAUGAAAAGUUCUUUGCCAGUUGACACAGGCGGAGCAGGUGGAACGGAUAGCCCUCGAGACAGCCCAGAGGAGGGCGGCGUGAGGGGUGGGAGUACCAUCCCGAGUGGACCUUUGCUGUGCAAGAUGAAUCUUCUGGAGGUCAAUGGUGGCCCAGAUACUCCACAAUCGCGACUUCACAGCGAAACACCUCUGAGGCCGGGAGGUGUGACAAUCCCGGUCUACUGCGUUGUGGAAUAUGCGGACACGGGCAUGGCUAGUGACGACGAGCGGCAUGGUCACUGUCACGCCGGGUUUGUGCUGAUACGGAAAGACAUCCUGUUCACACAACUAGUGGAGACUGCGCUGAUGUCCCUGGGGUACUCGCAAGGCUCGGCCGUACAGGCCCGAGGCAUCAUCAAAGUGGGCCAGUGGAAGCCAAUGCCCAUCCACAACCUGACAGAUGCUCCAGAGGCCACUGUGGCUGACAUGCUGCUGGACGUUUACCACAUGGUCACGCUACGGAUCCUGCUGUACAGUUUUGCGCGGCUGGAGGAGCUGCCCUCCAAGCAGUGGACGCAUGCCACCGUGAGGAAGGCGCUCAAAGAGCUGCUCAGAGAGACCAAUCAGAACUAUCUGCCCAAGGAGUGUCCGCUCUCUCAGAGUAUGAUCUCUGCCAUCAUCAACAGUUCCUAUUAUGCCAACAUCUCCAUCGCCAAAUGCCAGGAGUUUGGACGCUGGUACAAACGUAACAAACGCAUCCAAGGUGAAUAUGGAGAGAAGAUGUGGCAGUCCCAGGACAAAUCUGAUGUAAACGUGGAGAGGGAAUGGGAGCCAAGUAUCCUCAACAAGCGUCUUCCCUCUCUUUUACCCUACCUGGGUGGUACUGGAACCAUCAAAAGUCACCUAAUUGACCAGCAGAACUCCCCCCUGCUGCACUCCACCAAACCUUCCUCAAGCCCUCCUUUGCACCCCCAGGCUCCACUUCAUCUGGGACAUGGCGGCCUCCUGCCCCCGCAGCUCAUGCGCCAUCAGCUUGCCGUGGCACACCUCAUCAACCAGCAACUGGCCGUCAACCGCCUGCUCUCCCAGCAGUCCGCACAGGGAGUCCCCCAGCCUUACGUCAUCCACUCACCCAUUUCACAGACAUGCAAGGUCCCCGGGGCCACAUAUGCAGGAGCUGAAGUGUCUUCUGACAUCUACCAUCGAGUUCGGAGUGAGCUAAAGAGAGCCAGUGUCUCUCAAGCUGUCUUUGCCCGGGUGGCUUUUAACCGCACACAGGGUUUGCUGUCAGAGAUCCUGCGCAAGGAGGAAGAUCCCCGCUCAGCUUCACAAUCACUGCUCGUCAACCUGAAGGCCAUGCAGGGUUUCCUUGCUCUACCAGAAGGAGAACGAGACCGCAUAUACCAAGAAGAGCGAGAGAGGAAUACUCAGACAAACCACAAUCACAUCUCCAAUGACAACACUCACAGACACCUGCAGACUAAGUCCAAUGCGGAGACUCCCCUCAAGCUGGACUUGUUAGGGAACAUCACUUCGAGGAUCUACGAGGAGAUCCAGCAGGAGAUGAAGAGGGCGAAGGUCUCCCAGUGUCUGUUCGCCAAGGUCUCCGCCAACAAAAGCCAAGGUUGGCUGUGUGAGCUACUCAGAUGGAAAGAAAGCCCGAGCCAAGACAACCGCACACUGUGGGAGAACCUGUGCACAAUCCGCAGGUUUCUUUCCAUCCCGCAGGCUGAACGCGAUCGGGUUUAUGAGGAGGAGUCGAGGCAGCAGCACGCUGAUAAACUCCCUGCUGUCCCGCACAACCCGGAGCAGCAGACACCAUCACCCCUGCCACCUCUGAGAGCUCUAUCCCCUCUUCAUGUGGACCCACCCCUCCUUGGUGGCUCAGAAAUCGGGCCUCAGCAUGGAAUGAGCCCUGGCCUUGGAGAACCAAAAAAGGCUCGUUCACGAACCCGAAUUUCCUUCGAGGCAUUGGGGAUCCUGCAGAGCUUCAUUGGCGACGUCGGGCUCUACCCUGACCAGGAGGCCAUCCACACCCUGUCAGCCCAGCUGGACCUGCCGAAGCACACUCUUGUCAAGUUCUUCCAGAACCAGCGCUACAACUUUAAGCACCACAAUUCCAGGGAGUCAGGCCCAGAUGAUGACAACCGGGAGUGUCCAUCCGAGGUAGUACGAGAAGAGGGGCAGCUCGCCGUGUCUGUGGACUCGAGUGAAGAUGGGAGAGCUUCAGUAGACACAUUUGCAACUGAGCGAGAGCCAGAAAUGGAUCGAAAGGAGAGGGAUGAUGGAAAAGCCUCAGCACCAACAACAUUAACCUUGUCUCCAUAUAGCAGUCUGGACAGCCCCAAUUCUGCAGGGCAGCAGAGAUAACAACAGGAAAAAACUGAAAAGCCCCCAUGAGAUUUUACAUCCUAUGGUGUCAAUAUUGGUUUAUUAGUCCCACUUUUAAUGUAAUUGUUUUGGGCCACUUGGGCACAACAACACCAAAAACUCCACACGAACUGGA